AUGCAGCUCUGCCUCACCCUGCUCCUCCUGGCGGGGCUGUCUGCGUGUACUGUGGCAGGGGACAAGGAACUGGCACUCGACGCUGAAGCGAGGUCCUGGGUAGCCGUGACCCUGGAGGAGAAUGCUGUCCCCAGCAUUCAGCUCCAGCCCCGGGAGGUGAAGAGGGGCAAAGCCAGCCAGUUCUUUGGGCUGAUGGGGAAGCACGUGGGAGGAAUACCUCCCAUCCAGCCAGAGAGAGCAGGGUAUCUGCGAGGACCAGUGGUCCAGGGCCUCCUGGGCAGGGGAGGGCCAUCUACAGAAGGCAGAGAGGAUGAGGACCACGGGUCAGAGUGA